CUGUGAGAGCCUGCAGAUCAGCUGAGUUCACAACACACGGGAAUAAGAGAAAGACUAUACAAGUUUUCUGUCAUCACGGCGGGAAAAAUUGUAAAGGACUUUGGACAUAAAUUGAAGACAGGACUGAUGGAUGUAUUUUGGGCUCUCUUGCUCUGCGUUCAUUUUCUAACUGCAGUUCAAGCGAGCGGUGAGCACCCCUCUCUAAGUGUUUCUGUGCCCCAUCGGACCUACGAGUGUCCUGAAGGGGCCAAUGUCACCCUGACAUGCAUUCAGUCCGGAUCCAAGGCUGCCUCGGAGGACAAGUUGUGGAACACCUGGCUCUUCACGCCUCACUCAAAGGAGCGCUGCCACAAGGGCAUUCACCCGCGCGGGUCCGGUCACACCAACCGCUCUGCGGGAGUGAGUUACAUCAGCGGUGAGAAGUCCUUCUCCAUCUUCUUGCAGACCGUCAAGCACAAGGACCAGGGCAAAUACUGCUGCCUGCUUUUGGACUUUCAUGGCAAGCACAAGGUCGAGCAGGAGGCCCACGAGUCCAUCUACCUGACUGUGGUGCCAACAAAUGGAAAUACUCGCAACGGCAGUCUGAAGUGUUUGGAGUGGUCUCACAUUCCUUCAGAUGACUCAGUGGCUGAAGGUCUGGCUAUCGCAGCCUGUGUAGCUUUCAUUCUGUGCCUCCCGCUCAUACUGAUGCUAGUUUACAGACAGAGACAAACAGUAGAGCGACACAGACGUUCACAUGAGCUGGUGCGUAUGGACAGUGAAGCACAGGCGCAUGAGAACCCAGUGUUUUUGGGCGAUUCUCCACAACCUAAACCCCGCACGGUAUCUCAAAUCAUGAGGCAGUCAUCUGAAACAGGACGCCACCUCCUGUCGGAUCCUGGAACUCCACUCUCCCCAAACAUCCAAGGGGAAUUUUUCUUCCCAGCACAGGAUCCCAUCCCUGAGUCUCCCAAUUUACUGGAUUAAAAGGCGUCAUGUUCACAGAAACACCUAGUGCUUCUUCCUUCUCUUCCACAUCAUCAUGCCUCUUUUCUUCCGGUCUUCUGCAAGGAUGAUAAGGUCCCCCAAAAAAUGGUAGCUGAACUCAGCUCUUCGCUAUUACGGUGGGACCCCUUAUCUGAUGACGUCUGUGUCUGUCUGCUGACUGUCCUUGAACGGGUUUCCAGAGAAGAAAAUUUCACAAGUUAGGGCACUAGGGAGAGCACGGUCACAGGGAAUUUUUAUGAAGAGGAUCCAAAGAUGUCCUCGAGUGCCAUUUGAGUUGAAAAAUAGAUUUCAGCUAAGCUGUUUGCACACUUUUUUGUUCGUCCCGUGCUUCGUGUGUCAGUCACACUGAGGCUUCAUUUGCACUUAAAUGACUAUUUUCUUUCUCUUUUCUCUAAUCUGUCUAUUCCUAUUCUCGUCUCAUGUUUCCACUUAAUCAUUCUGUUCAUCCGCUCUCUUUUAGAGGUCAGGGAUGUAUUAAAACCUCAUCCACUCCUGUUUACCCAUCCUAGUACUUUCUCAAGACCUACUUGCUCAAUACUCAGUGCCAAAGUACUCGGUUUACCCCUGAAAUGGCGCCGGUGCUGGUCCCAGAUUUGGUGCUCAGCCGGGGAAUCUGCAGAUCUUAGAAAUGGCCGGUUUUCCCAUUUACUUGAGAGCCGAAUGACGAUGCACAUGACUGUUUGUUUCAAAGUUUUAAAACUCAUUUCACUUUAGAAACUUUAUAUAACGGACCCAGAUUGGGACCAGCACUGGCAUCGUGUCGGUGGAAAACGGAUGUUCUCAGUACACUCACCGUC